AUGGAGGCUGCACAGCAGUCCUGGGAAUUCGAAAAUUCCGUGCAGCUGGCAGAUCCCAAGCGAGAUGCUCUCUACAAUUACGAUGAAGCCGCUCACAACGAACUCUCAAACGCCAAGCCAUGGAGGACUGACCCGCGAUACUUCAAAUCGGUCAAGAUUUCGGCCGUCGCGAUGCUCAAGAUGGUGAUGCACGCGCGAUCGGGCGGCUCGCUAGAAGUCAUGGGAUUGAUGCAGGGCUAUAUUGCUGCUGAGACAUUUGUCGUCACCGACGCAUUCAGAUUGCCUGUCGAGGGCACGGAGACCAGGGUCAACGCUCAGGACGAUGCGAAUGAAUACAUGGUUGGAUAUUUACAGUCUUGCCGGGAUUCUGGCAGGAUGGAGAAUGCGGUUGGUUGGUAUCACAGUCAUCCAGGGUAUGGGUGCUGGCUCUCGGGUAUCGAUGUGUCGACGCAGGCGAUGCAACAAAUGAGCGAUCCCUUUGUGGCUGUCGUUAUCGACCCAGAUCGUACCAUCUCUGCCGGCAAGGUUGAAAUCGGCGCAUUCCGCACGUACCCCGAUGGCUAUACCGCUCCCAAGGAGGGAACCGAGGACGACGAAUACCAGAGCAUACCGUUGAACAAGGUCGAAGACUUUGGCGCGCACGCUUCGCAGUAUUAUGCCCUCGAGGUAUCACAUUUCAAAAGUACACUCGACACUCAACUCCUCUCGCUGUUAUGGAACAAAUAUUGGGUAGCAACGCUCAGUCAGAGUCCACUCUUCACCACUCGUGACUACGGAAGCAAACAAAUCAUGGACCUAAGUCAAAAAGUGAAACGAGCGGCCCGUGGGAUUGAAGGCGGCACCAGCAGAGGUGGCCCUGCAAGAGAUCAGCAGUUAGGAAAAGUCGUGCGAGAUGGACAGCGCGUUGUUGCUGAGGAAGUCAGCGGCCUUGUCGCUGCUGAUAUUAAAAGGACUCUGUUUCAGGAUGUCGGUAAGACAGCGUCUGCGGGGGAGCAACAAUAG